AUGACUCAACGUAUAGCUGUUGUAAGUAUGUUGUAAAUUAUAUAUUAUUAGAAUUUGUAUACCUUAAUGAAUAUAUAUUUAGGUAACCGGUGGAAAUAAAGGCAUUGGAUUUGCUAUUGUAAAACAUCUUUGCAAACAAUUUGAUGGAAUUGUGUAUUUAACAGCUCGUGAUAUUACUCGAGGACAAAAUGCUGUUAAAGAACUCGAAAAACAAGGUUUAAACCCAAAAUUUCAUCAACUUGAUAUUACUGAUGACGAUAGCAUUUCUACUUUUCAUGAUUAUUUAAAAGAAACGUAUCAAGGACUGGAUGUAUUAGUAAACAAUGCUGCUAUUGCAUUUAAGGUGUCAGCUACAGAACCUUUUUCUAUACAAGCUGAAGAGACACUGAGAGUAAACUAUUUUGCUUUAAGAAAAAUGUGCAAGAAGCUUUAUCCAUUAUUGAAACCACAUGCACGUGUAGUACAUGUAUCAAGUUCUUCUGGUCGUUUAUCAUUCAUUCCUAAUGAAUCACUAAGAAAAAAAAUUUCAGAUCCAAAUCUUACAGAGGAAGAAUUAGAUGAUAUUUUACGUGAAUUUGUUGAUGCUGCAAAGGCGAACACAUAUUUAGAACAAGGAUGGCCAAAUUCUGCUUAUGUUGUAAGCAAAAUUGGAGUAUCUGCUCUAUCUGGAAUUCAUCAAAAAAUGUUUAAUUCAGAUACUAGGGAAGAUCUUGUAGUAAAUUCUGUACAUCCUGGUUAUGUAAACACUGAUAUGACCAGUCACAAAGGUAUUUUGACACCUGAUCAAGGUGCUGAGGCUCCUGUCUAUAGUGCAUUACUACCAGAAAAUACUGAUAUAAAAGGUAAAUACAUCUGGUAUGACAAGGCAUUGGUGAUAUGGGCAAAAUACGUCAAAACUUAUGUGCUCAUAUUUAUGUGUUUCAAGUAUAAGUUAAUUUGGUUUUUGGUAAUCGAUUUAAACACUUUAUCUACAGAUAAAGUCCAUCGUCUUGCGGUUGGUAACAGAAGGGCGUUGACAUUUAAUCAAAAAGGCAAAACGUGA